AUGAUUCUUUCAAGCUAUGCAUCUCUGUGGAUAUUUGGAGUCCUGCUUCUAUCUCCUUCUCUGAUAAUUUCACUUCCAAUUCAGGACAGCUUUCUACAAUGUCUCCAAAAAAAUUCUGACAUAUCCUUUCCAUUCUCCACUUUGUUGUACUCUCCAGCCAAUUCUUCAUUCAUUUCUAUUUUACAAUCUUCAGCGCAAAAUCUCAGGUUCACGCUAUCUUUGACUCCGAAACCAGAACUUAUUUACAAACCUGUGGAGGAAUCCCAUAUCCAAGCUGCUGUUAUUUGCUCAAAACAGCUCGGAAUUCACCUCAGAGUUCGCAGUGGAGGCCAUGACCGUGAGGGGCUCUCUUAUGUCUCUCAAAUUGACACACCUUUCAUUGUUGUAGACCUGGACAUGCUACGUUCUAUCAGCAUUGACAUUGAUGGUAAUAGCGCUUGGGUUCAGGCAGGUGCUACAAUUGGUGAGCUUUACUAUAGAAUUUCAGAGAAAAGUAAAAACCAUGGCUUCCCAGCUGGUGUUUGUCCUAGUGUUGGUGUUGGUGGACACAUUACAGGAGGUGGAUAUGGCUCCAUGUUUAGAAAAUAUGGCCUUGCUGCGGAUAAUGUCAUCGAUGCUCGUAUAAUAGACGCACAGGGAAGAGUGCUUGACCGGAAAGUCAUGGGAGAAGAUCUUUUUUGGGCAAUAAGAGGAGGUGGAGGCGGCAGCUUUGGAAUCAUUUCUGCCUGGAAAGUUAAACUGGUUCCUGUUCCAUCAACAGUGACAGUUUUUAGGGUUGCCAAGACUUUGGAACAGGGUGCGACUAAGCUCCUCUACAGAUGGCAACAAGUUGCUGAUAAACUUGACGAUGACCUCUUCCUCUCUGUCAGUGUACAAUUGGCAAAUGCUGGUAAGAAAGGUAAAAAAACUAUGUCAACUUCCUAUGAUGCUAUGUUUCUUGGUGAUACCAAGAGACUACUACAGGUAAUGCAAGAAAGCUUUCCUGAAUUGGGCUUGCAACAGCAGGAUUGCAUUGAAACAAGCUGGAUCAAUUCAGUGCUAUAUAUGUCUUUCUUUCCCAACAAUACAACUCCUGAAAUUUUACUUCAACGGAAUAAUUUGUUCAAACGCUACUUGAAAGGCAAGUCAGACUAUGUCAAAGAACCAAUACCUGAAACCGCACUUGAAGGGCUAUGGGAAAGGUUAUUUGAAGAAGAGAAUCCUAGCAUGGUAUUGAUUCCUUAUGGUGGAAUGAUGAAUAAAAUCUCAGAAUAUCAGAUUCCUUACCCUCAUAGAAAGGGUAACCUGUUCAUGAUCGACUACUCAACCAGCUGGAAAGAUCCUUCUGAGAAUGCUGCAAAGCAUAUUGAUUGGGUUAAGAAGAUUUAUGAGUACAUGGCACCUUAUGUCUCCAUGAAUCCUAGGGAAGCGUAUGGAAAUUACAGGGAUCUUGAUCUGGGCAUGAACGAGAAGACUAACACAAGUUGUGAAGAAGCAAGUGUUUGGGGUACCAAGUACUUCAAGGAUAACUUCUACAGAUUGGUACAAGUGAAGACCAGAGUAGAUCCUGAUAACUUCUUCAGACAUGAACAGAGUAUUCCUCCUGGCCACAUCUCUGAGAAAGAGAGAUUGAAGUAAGUUUCAUGGUAAGAAAAUAUAUCAUGGUGUUUAAGCUUAUGGAAGACAUAAUAAACGAAAAAUUUGAGACUCAA